UUUACCGGAAGGUUCAGAGUGUUUGUUUGUGCGCGUCUGUGCAGAAACAGGAACACCUCCUGGUGAGCAGGAAGAGAGUGACGUCAGUUGUCUGUUGGCUCGGUUGUGUGUGUGUGCGCGCGCACGAGAGAGAGAGAGAGAGAGAGAGAGAGAGAGAGAGAGACUGGUUAAAGGGGUGUGUUUAUGGGAAACAGCUCGUGCGCGUGUUUACGCAGACGGGAAUACUGGUCCAGAGGAAGUGCGCUGGUUCUCAGUCUGCGCGCCGCGACUUCCUGCUCUGAGGCAGGAGAGAGAAAAAGCUGCGGAUCCGCUUUCAGUCCGCGGGGCAGCGGCAGCAGCAUGGACCCCCAACACAACACACACACACACACCACUUUAAAGACACAAACGCACAGAAGGCGCGCGGACAGACGCACCGAGGAGCAGCGGCCGUCCACAGCUGGGAAGUGAGCUGCAGUCKUGUCGGGGCACGCCGCGCGCAGCUGCGAGAGCCUCGAUAAACACGAGCUGAGCAAACACCAGCUCACGUCUGCGGUGGUUUGUUUCUCUCGCCGGCUCGCAGGUGGCGGUGACGUCAUGGAGAGCUCCGUCACGCUCUGGCAGUUCCUGCUGCAGCUGCUGCUCGACCAGAACCACGAGCACCUCAUCUGCUGGACGUCCAGCGACGGGGAGUUCAAGCUGCUCAAGUCCGAGGAGGUGGCCAAGCUGUGGGGGCUGCGCAAGAACAAGACCAACAUGAACUACGAUAAGCUGAGCCGAGCACUGCGGUACUACUACGACAAGAACAUCAUCAAGAAGGUGAUCGGACAGAAGUUCGUCUACAAGUUUGUGUCGUUCCCAGACAUCCUGAAGAUGGACCCCGCGGCGGUGGAGGAGGGUCGGGGCGGCGAGGCAACCGGAACGUCGGAACCUGAGGCUGAAGAGGACGACGGGGCAGAGAGGAACCAGUACCUCCGCUCCGGGCUCUACUCCAGCUUCACCAUGAGCUCCUUGGAACGACACCGACCAAUCAAAACAGAGUCUGCAUCCGACCGCCAUGACGACAGCUCCUCCGUCAUCCGCUUUGUAGCCAACGGCAGCCGCUCCUCCCUCCCGUCGACCCCGCCAGCKGACAGCACAACGCGGUCUCCUCGCUUAGCCAGCCCAUCCUCGCAAUCACGUAGCCCUGCCCACAGGUGGGUGAGGGGGCGGAGCCAGAGCUCAGAUACCGACGAGUCUCAGCCUUUGAACUUGACGUCCGGUCGGCGGGAGAAGCCUCAGAGCUCAGCGGCGCCGGAGAGAAGRGCGUCUACGAAAGUCAGGAAACCCAAAGGAUUGGAGAUCUCUGCCUCCUCGCUCCUCCGGACAGGAARUGACCUCGUCUCCAUCGCCCUCAACAGCCCGGCUCUCCCCUCCGGCUCCCUCACACCUGCCUUUCUCACCACACAGACUGCAUCUGGUCUCUUACUCACUCCCAGUCCUCUGCUCUCCAACAUCCAUUUCUGGUCCAACCUGAGUCCAGUUGGUCCUCUGAGCCCCGCCCAACUGCAAAACCACGCUCAACUUUUCCAGUUCCCCACCCUGAUGAAUGGACCCAUUCCUGUYCCCAUGGCCAGCGGAGAUGCUUCGUCUCCUUUGCUGAUGUCCCACAAGUCCUGAUGCCAGCCUCAGCUCCCCUGAGCAAACUGGACAAAGACCAAGAGGACCCGAUCAGCUCAGACCCAAGGGCCAAAGAAACCGUCUUGGCACUUAAAUAUUUUGACGCUUUUGAUCUGAGAACUGAGAAGAUGGAGCUUCAGUCUGAACCUUUGCCCUCCAAGAGGACUAAGGAUCAUUUUCUGUCUUUAUUUCAGGGUUGUCCUCACAACUCUGAGCUUCUUUAAACGCAAAGAAACCAACAGGGGGUCGGACUUCAAGAUCUCCCUUUAGAACUCAUCUCAGUCCAACUGGUGCAGUCUUACUUAUGAAACUCUGCUCAGAUGUUUCAGCCUUGCUGCCGUGACUAAUCUCAGAUUCACACAUCUGACUCAGACGGAGAAGAUCUGAAGAAAUCCUCAAAAGCAUUUGGUGAAUAAUAAAACUCACCAAACCAGAAGGGUUUACAGGUGUGAUCAAGAACUGUGGAAACUCCUUUUAACAAGAUGUCUGUGCCAAAACCUAGAGAACCUGUUAGGGCAGCCAAGUCAUACAGUAGAUUGACACCAGCACAGCUUCCUUUAAACCAAGAAGAAUUUUUUAUUGAGCUAUUUUAGUUUUUUAAUGUAGCAAAGUUUAGUUUUCUACACAGGUUUUUUGUGUUGCAUAAUAAAACUCUUAAUACUAGCAAACAAGAUUGCUAGAGGUGCUGGUAGUAGGUUGACUGAGUAGCUUUUUAAGAACAAAAUGGCCGUUUCCCGCUACUUUGGGGCUUCAAGCUAAGCUAAGUUAACUGGUUUCAACUUUAUAUUUAUGACAAAUAUAAGUUGUAUUUUACAAAAUGAAAAUUCAAAUUAAGUUUCCUGAAAUAAAAAACAGCAUUUAAAAUUGUUYAUAUUUGGGACCAAAACUGGACUUAAAGAAAAAUCUGUUGAAGUGAAGAGACACUUUUCCCGCUCUUUUUGAUUAAUGCAAUUGUUCAUAUGUGAAUAAUGUCAUCAUUCUGAAUGUUGUAGAUCUCAGGAUUAAAGGUUUUUAAUUUUUUAUUCUUAAUAAAACUUAGUUUUUUAAGAUGGACCAUAAUCAUCUCCUAGCAAAGCAUCUGCAAGCCAGAAGAUUCAGCUGACAUCUUUAUCCCGCCUUUAUUUCUGUACUUCCCUUUCAUGAUAAAGCACUGUAAUUUUAAAGGCAAGAAUUAGACAUUUUGCGGUGGGGUUCUGUGGAAAGUUUAUGGAUUAACAGCUGUGAAAAGACUAAAGUGGUUUGUAGCCAGCUUUAAAAAAAAAAAACAUUUAAACUGCAAAAGAUUUUUUUCAUGCAAAUGCUGUUUUAUGAAAUGUUUUUCAAACAUAAGCUAGCUUUGGCACUUUUGGUGUAGAUCUGGGAAAUUCCAGCAGGAACAUCAUAAUAUUUCUACUGGAAUAGUCACAAAAUGCAAAACUGACAGUGAAGUCAAGGUUUUUAAUUUAAGGUUUGCUGUGAAGUUUUGAAGAUUGGAAGUGUUUUAAGAUAGCGGCAGCUUGCUCAGAUUAGCAGUUAGCUCAACAAACUGGUCUGAGCAGAAGCACUGCUGUCGUAAAACAAACCUAAUGAUCAAAAUUUCAUAGUGGUUCAUACAGUUUCUAUUUUAGAAGUGUUUAUGCUACCUCUGGUUUUGCUUUACAUUGUUAAUUCAGCAGAGAUAUUAGGUCAUUCAAACAGGAAGUGCUUCAGGCAAGUCAGGAAGUGCCUGCAAAUAUAUAAAAAAAUGUUUAAUGCAAAAUUGAUAGUGGUGUAUAAAAUAAAAUACAGACCUUUGAAGAUCAAAAUAGCACCAAUCUGUUUUGGUUUUAAUCUUGAUUGGAUUAGCCAAAUUUAAACUAAUUUUCCCAAAAUGUUUUUUUUUCCAAAUCCAUCUAGAACACCUAAGAUAUUUAAAACUUACCACAAAACCACCACUUCACAAUGUCUGAACUAUCCCUUUAAAGCAUUUAUCAGCUGUACCUUCUAAAAAUGUAAGAUUUUUUUUGUAAACAUGUUAAAAGCUUUAAUAUACAAUCCAGGUCAAMAAUGCACAAUUUAAUUUUGUUGUAAAAAAACAAAGUUUUCAUAAAGACAAAAAAAAAUCUG